AUGAACAAUUGCACUUUGGUAUCUGCAUUCAUUCUUCAGGGAUUCUCAGUCAUUCCGGAACUACAGACUUUGAGUGCCGCUAUCUUCCUUUUCAUCUACAUAGUCUCUGUGCUUGGAAACAUCUCCAUCAUCACAGCAGUGAAUCUGGAUUCUCAUUUGCACACACCCAUGUACUUUUUCCUCAAGCAUCUAUCAUUCAUUGACUUGUGUUCUACUUCUACCACACUUCCCUGGGCACUCUUUGCUGCUCUGGCUGGUUCAGAAGUCAUCUCCCUCCCAGCAUGUGCAGCUCAACUCUUUGUUUUUGUCUUCUGUGGAUCCACUGAAUGCUUUCUUAUCACCUCAAUGGCCUACGACCGCUGUUUGGCCAUCUACCAGCCCCUGACCUAUGGGGCCACCAUGACCCAACAGUUCUGCUGUGCCCUGGUGGGUGUGGCCUGGGUGAGUGGGCUCCUCUUCUCCUCCUUUCAUACAGUGAAUACCUUCACCCUGUCUUUUUGUGAACCCACUGUGGAACAUUUCUUCUGUGACAUACCUCCACUCUUACGAUUGUCAUGCACUGAUCCUUACAAACAUGAGGCAGCUGGCUUUGUUGUUAGUGGGUUUGUCAUCAUGAGCUGCUUUGCACUUACCGUCCUUUCCUACAUCCGUAUCCUAGCCACUGUGGCCCAUAUCAAGUCAACACAAGGUCGCCAGAAGGCCUUCUCUACCUGUUCCUCCCACCUCAUCACAGUUGUCCUCUUUUAUGGGACUGGAAGUUCAGCCUACAUGAGGCCUACUAAUGGCUACUCCCCACUUCAAGGGCGCCUAGCUGCUGUAUUUUAUUCCAUCCUCACCCCUACUCUGAACCCCAUUAUCUAUAGCAUGAGGAACAGAGAUAUGAAGACAGCCCUAAGGAAACUUUACAUUUAUCGACCAGGAUGA